CCCAACCUCCCGCUGCGCUUGAUGGUGGUGAUGGUGCUCCGAUGACGGUGGACACUGCAUCCAUCCCACUAUCGCUGCACCCGGCCAAAGAUGUCGACGCGUCCCAGUGUCUCUCAGGGGGCUUCUUUGACUAUGACGAACUGGAUAAAGCCUACGCUGCGCUCACCGGUGAAGCUGUUGAGACUGUUGAGACCAGUGGAGGUGAGGAUGAGGAUGGGCUCGAUUCCUUGUCAGAGGUUUGGCCAGGCGACUUGCCAGGCUUUGGAGAGGUGGAGGAUGACCUGCCGGACCUGGUUCCAGGUCCCAUGGAGCAAGGCCCCAUGGUAUGGGAGGUCUGCGUCUUGCGUUUGUUGGUGAGAAAGGCUCCAGACUUGUCGGCACCUGUGCAGGGAAUUUGUCACGAGAGGGAGCUGCUAUUUGAGGAGCAUGCUCAGAGGCCAGAUGAUUCGCCAGAAGACUGGCUAUGCUUAGAUGGGCAGUCGGGUUAUGUGCUGAAGGAUGGUAGUCGGAAGGAUUCUCGGCUUGGGAUGCUGGUGAAGCCGUUCAAGCUGCAGGGGGUGCCACCAGACUACUGCCCUUCAGUGCUUCUGACACUCAAAGACGGCUGGAGGAAAGCACGCUCAAGUCGUCCAGAUGCCAUCCAUCAUGGCCACCAUCGGGAAGGGUUGAGAUCGAUUUGCGUUCCCCUGCUGCGGCCCAAUGCCGUGGGGAAGCUGCGACAGUUGGCGGAAGACGCGGUGUCUGCGGCCUCCACCUGUGGUGGCUUUGACCUGGAUAUCUUUGAAAGUGAAUACCAGAAAGGAGUUGAAACGGUGAGGUCCGAGCAGGGCUUCUUUGCACAGGCAAGAUCCUUGUUGCAGAAAGCAGAACGGGCUGCCAAGCCUCAAAGCACGCGACAGUAUUUGCCACGCUUCGGGCUGCACCAGGAGUCCGUGCACCGGUGGAUCGAGGGAAUGCGACAACGGAUUUUGCCGAACCAGGCCGAUGCCUCGGAAGUGGUGGGAAAAGCAGCAGAGCUGCUGAGAAGAGAGGAGAACAUGGUGAAGUUGCAGGUGCCCGUCGGCUCUACUGUGCACGUGGUGGGCGAUUUGCAUGGCCAAUUCUGGGACCUGUUGCACUUGUUAGAGAUGUGUGGGGAUCCGUCGCCACGGAAUCAGUAUCUCUUCAAUGGCGACUUCGUGGAUCGAGGUCAAUUUUCCGUGGAGGUGGCCUUCCUUUUGCUGGCGCUGAAGGUGUGCUAUCCUCGUGCCGUUCAUUUGAACCGUGGCAACCAUGAGGCAACUCGAAUGAAUGCUCUCUACGGCUUUCUGCACGAGACAGAAGAGAAGUACAGCAACGAGUUGUUUCGGCUCUUCUCAGACGCUUUUACUCAUCUUCCACUUUGUACGUUGGUCAACGAUUCCGUCUUCGUGGUGCACGGCGGCCUUAGCUCCAAGGACGGUGUGAAAUUGUCGGAGAUCCAACAGCUGAAUCGGCUGCGAGAACCCGAUGAGACGGCGGAUCAGCUCAUGCUGGAUCUGCUGUGGUCGGAUCCCAUGGAUCAGUUGGGUCGGCUGCCGAGCCCCCGUGGAGGCGGGGUGCUCUUUGGCCCCGACGUCACAGAACGCUUCUGUGAGGACAACGGAUUGUGCUGUAUUAUCAGGUCCCAUGAGAUGAAACCUGAGGGCUUUGAAUGGCAGCACAUGAAUCGAUGUUUGACCAUCUUCUCUGCUCCGAACUACUGCGAUGUGUGCGGUAACCUCGGGGCUGUUUGCGACAUCACACCCUCACAGGCUCGGAAAGUCACCGUGGAUGAGUUGCACGUGCGCACCUUCGAGUGUUCUCCGCAUCCGGAUGAGCCUCACCGCGUAAAUAUGAUGUUCAGACCCUACUGACGCUGGGAGGGCGGCUGAGCAACCACGUGAUCUCCUGCUUGGUGCGAAGCCCAACGGUCGUUUUUUUUUUUCUCUGGAUGACUUUGAAACAGGAGCAGAGGCAAGAAUCUGAGACAUCUAAGUGGUUGCCGG